ACAGUGCACGCCGCGCUCCGCCCAGCUCCGUUCCGCUCCGCAGAGCCAGUGCGGACAGGGCGCGGGGAGGGUGGCAGUCGAUCGGGGCCUUCACAGCCACGCGCUCCCUCCGCCGUGGAACCUGGGCCCCGGGGUGGCUCCCCAGAGCCCGGAGCGGGCGGGCGAAGGGCGGGAGCAGGGUUGGGACUGACGGCGAGGGAGGGAACGAGGAGCCAGCUGAGCCGCGUGCGCCGGCGCGCGCACCUCCGGGUCCCCCAGCCCGGACCCGGGCCUGUGACUCCAGUUGCCCUCGGGAAGGACGGUACACCCGCGACCCGUCGGGGACCACGGCCACUCGGCGAUAGUCCAGGGGCCGAGUCCACGCGACGGCUCACGCGGGACAGGCCUUUGGAUGAGAAAGAGCUGACAGGAGCUGAGCCCCACUUUCUCUGUGUGCUGGGGGACAGGGCUACACAGCCCCAGUGGCACCCAUGCCGAAAAACAGCAAGGUGACCCAGCGCGAACACAGCAAUGAGCAUGUCACGGAGUCCGUGGCUGAUUUGCUGGCCCUCGAGGAGCCUGUAGACUAUAAGCAGAGUGUACUGAAUGUGGCCGGCGAGACAGGUGGCAAGCAGAAGGCAGCGGAGGAGGAGCUCGAUGCAGAGGACCGACCAGCCUGGAAUAGCAAGCUGCAGUACAUCCUGGCCCAGAUUGGCUUUUCGGUGGGACUUGGCAACAUCUGGAGGUUUCCCUACCUGUGCCAGAAAAAUGGAGGAGGUGCCUACCUGGUGCCCUACCUGGUGCUGCUGAUCAUCAUUGGCAUCCCCCUCUUCUUUCUGGAGCUGGCUAUGGGCCAGCGGAUCCGCCGUGGCAGCAUCGGUGUGUGGCACUACGUGUGCCCCCGCCUGGGGGGCAUCGGCUUCUCCAGCUGUAUUGUCUGCCUCUUCGUUGGGCUGUACUACAAUGUGAUCAUUGGGUGGAGUGUCUUCUACUUCUUCAAGUCUUUCCAGUACCCGCUGCCCUGGAGUGAAUGUCCUGUCAUCAGGAAUGGGACAGUGGCAGUGGUGGAGUCCGAGUGUGAGAAGAGCUCAGCCACUACCUACUUCUGGUAUCGGGAGGCCUUGGACAUCUCCAACUCCAUCUCAGAGAGCGGGGGCCUCAACUGGAAGAUGACACUCUGCCUCCUUGUGGCCUGGAGCAUCGUGGGCAUGGCCGUAGUCAAGGGCAUCCAGUCCUCUGGAAAGGUAAUGUAUUUCAGCUCCCUCUUCCCCUAUGUGGUGUUGGCCUGCUUCCUGGUUCGGGGGCUGCUGCUGCGAGGGGCGGUUGACGGCAUCCUGCACAUGUUCACUCCGAAGCUGGACAAGAUGCUGGACCCCCAGGUGUGGCGGGAGGCAGCCACACAGGUCUUCUUCGCCCUGGGACUGGGCUUUGGAGGUGUCAUCGCUUUUUCCAGCUACAACAAACAGGACAAUAACUGCCACUUCGAUGCUGCCCUGGUGUCCUUCAUCAACUUCUUCACCUCCGUGUUGGCCACCCUCGUGGUGUUUGCUGUGCUGGGCUUCAAAGCCAACAUCAUGAAUGAGAAGUGUGUGGUCGAGAAUGCUGAGAAAAUUCUAGGGUACCUCAACUCCAAUGUCUUGAGCCGGGACCUCAUUCCACCCCAUGUCAACUUCUCACACCUGACCACCAAGGACUACUCAGAGAUGUACAACGUCAUCAUGACUGUUAAGGAAAAACAGUUCCCAGCCUUGGGCCUGGAUCCCUGCCUCCUGGAGGAUGAGCUGGACAAGUCUGUGCAGGGCACAGGCCUGGCCUUCAUCGCCUUCACUGAGGCCAUGACACAUUUCCCGGCCUCCCCCUUCUGGUCUGUCAUGUUCUUCCUGAUGCUCAUCAACCUGGGCUUGGGCAGCAUGAUCGGGACCAUGGCAGGAAUCACCACGCCUAUCAUCGACACCUUCAAGGUGCCCAAGGAGAUCUUUACAGUGGGCUGCUGUGUCUUUGCAUUCCUCGUGGGGCUGUUGUUCGUCCAGCGCUCCGGGAACUAUUUUGUCACCAUGUUUGAUGACUACUCGGCCACCCUGCCACUCACCGUCAUCGUCAUCCUUGAGAACAUCGCUGUGGCCUGGAUUUAUGGAACCAAGAAGUUCAUGCAGGAGCUAACAGAGAUGCUGGGCUUCCGACCCUACCGCUUCUAUUUCUACAUGUGGAAGUUUGUGUCUCCGUUGUUCAUGGCUGUUCUCACCACAGCCAGCAUCAUCCAGCUGGGGGUGUCGCCACCAGGCUACAGUGCCUGGAUUAAAGAGGAGGCUGCUGAGCGCUACCUGUACUUCCCCAAUUGGGCCAUGGCGCUGCUGAUCAUCCUCAUUGCCGUGGCAACCCUGCCCAUCCCUGUGGUAUUCAUCCUGCGGCAUUUCCACCUGCUCUCCGAUGGUUCCAACACCCUCUCUGUGUCCUACAAGAAGGGCCGCAUGAUGAAGGACAUCUCCAAUCUGGAGGAGAAUGAUGAGACCCGCUUCAUCCUUAGCAAGGUGCCCAGUGAGGCUCCCUCCCCCAUGCCCACGCACCGCUCCUAUCUGGGACCUGGCAGCACAUCACCCCUGGAGACCAGUGGCAAUCCCAAUGGACGCUAUGGAAGCGGCUACCUCCUGGCCAGCACCCCUGAGUCAGAGCUGUGACCACUGCUCCAUCCUGCCCGCCUCCCCUCAAUACCCAACCUGCCCACUUGGCUGGGCCUGGCCUCUUCCUCCAUGGUAGCCACCAGACCUAAGCCAGCCCAAGGAGAGGAUCUGCCCUGCCUUGUUUCCCACCCAAGUCCCAGCAGACUCCCUACCUAUGAGCAGGGGGCUGGGGACAAUUCCAUCCCCUGUUCCAGGCCUCCAACCCAUAUAACUUUUUGAAAACUCUUGCCAAGUUGCAGCCAUGUAACCACAACAAUCCCAGUAUGGGGGAACUCCAAGUGGGCACUUUAGGAGUCACUCCCCCCUCUCCCUGUAAAACCUACCACUUUUAGUUCUCAGGUCUUAGGGAGGGUCGUUUUGUGCUGCUUUCAUGGUGGUGGUGGGCAGAGGCUUUGGGGCCGAGGGCACAGGAAGUAGACUUUAGCCCGGUCUACCUUAAGAACAGAACACAUCAUCCUGUUCAACCCAGCAUGGCUGCUCCUGAGCUAAGAUGGGAGAUAGGGACAUGCGUGUCAGGACUGGGGCUUUGGUUUGCCAGGAGGUGUAUGGAAACUCCUCAGUCCUGUCUUAUGAGAUAGGUGGUACUCUCAGGCCUGAGCAUGAAUCUGGGCAUUGAAAGGAAUGACUCUGCAGACAGCUCGUGGAACCUUUGAAAUGUCCCUGUUUCCCCUGCCAGGGGCAGAUGGGAUGUGUUCCUCAUUCUGCCUGGGAGCAUGGUGAAGGGGUCACCUUAACUGGGGCUUAGCCAUUUGUCAAUCCCCACUGUGGAACCUGGAGUCAGGUGUGGUGGUCUUUGCCUCUGUCCUGGAGGGAAAGAGGGCAGCACAGGUGAGGUUUCCAGAGCACAGUUUGAAGGUCACAGCACAAUCUAGGUCGGAGCACAAGUGGAACUCCCUUCCACUCUCUUCUGGAGCUCCAGUUCCUCCUCAGUGGCAGCUUCUCCCCUGGAGUGGGGCUUCCUGGAGUGCAGGGCCGUGUCACCAGGAACCCUGUUUCUAGGGAAAGACAGGUAAUUUCACUGCCCCUUUGGGCGGCCACUUACUCUCCCUGUUGCACAAGCACAGCCAACAGUGUGCACAUUAAGUGAAGAUACCUUGGAAACCUUUCCCAGACUUCCCUAGCCUGUUCCGAGAAGUGAACAGGUAAUUCUGGGCAGGAUGGAGGCUGUUGGGGGCUAAGAAGAAAGCCUCUGGUCUUAGGCACUGAAGGAAGAUGCAGCCUCUGGCUAUGUCCCUGACUUUCUUUCAAAGCUCCCCUGUAAGGACACAGGAGCUGACCUGAGACUCAGGGUGUCUCUCUGUAGUAUGACCUCAGAGAGAUGGUGUAGGGAUAUAUAUGGCCCACAGGCUAGAAUGGAUGAGUGGAUGGGUGGAUGGAUGGAUGGAUGGAUGGAUGGAUGGAUGGAUAUAUAUGAAGCCGUCCCAGUCUUUGAGAGUUCUGAUGGGCAGGAACAGACCUGGGCACCUUCCAGAGGUUCCUGGGUCGUUUUUGUGGCCCUGACUUCCCUCAGUACUGAGAGGGGCCGGCUAGGCCAGUGGCCCACCUUCUGCUGCUAUGCUUACUGGUUGCCUCCCUUCCUAGCCUGAGAGGUCAUCCCUCGAGCUCACCAUCCUAGCCUGAGAGGUCAUCCCUCGAGCUCACCAUCCUAGCCUGAGAGGUCCAUCCCUCGAGCUCAGCAUCCUAGCCUGAGAGGUCAUCCCUCGAGCUCACCAUCCUAGCCUGAGAGGUCAUCCCUCAAGCUCACCAUCCUAGCCUGAGAGGUCAUCCCUCGAGCUCACCAUCCUAGCCUGAGAGGUCCAUCCCUCGAGCUCACCAUCCUAGCCUGAGAGGUCAUCCCUCGAGCUCACCAUCCUAGCCUGAGAGGUCAUCCCUCGAGCUCACCAUCCUAGCCUGAGAGGUCAUCCCUCGAGCUCACCAUCCUAGCCUGAGAGGUCCAUCCCUCGAGCUCACCAUCCUAGCCUGAGAGGUCAUCCCUCGAGCUCACCAUCCUAGCCUGAGAGGUCAUCCCUCGAGCUCACCAUCCUAGCCUGAGAGGUCCAUCCCUCGAGCUCACCAUCCUAGCCUGAGAGGUCAUCCCUCGAGCUCACCAUCCUAGCCUGAGAGGUCAUCCCUCGAGCUCACCAUCCUAGCCUGAGAGGUCAUCCCUCGAGCUCACCAUCCUAGCCUGAGAGGUCAUCCCUCGAGCUCACCAUCCUAGCCUGAGAGGUCAUCCCUCGAGCUCACCAUCCUAGCCUGAGAGGUCCAUCCCUCGAGCUCGCCGUCUCUCUUGUUGCUCAGUUCCUCGCACCUUCUCUCACUUCCAGCCUUCUUGGUCCCGCCUGCCCCGGUGUUUAAGGCGAGAGGGAGUCCGUAUCCUCCUAAAGAGAUGAGUUUUUUAGGGCACAGCAUCCCAUCAUCGGCCCCUCACCUGACAACACCCCCUACUUGGCCCCAUGCCUAGUCCCAAGCAGAAUUAGGAAACAGGAAAACCAGGCCCCAGCACACUCCACUAUCUGUACUCCUCUCUAUAAGCUAUUUCUAUUGUACAUUCAAUCUGUACAUGUGGGUGUAAAUGCUGUGAAAUGACAAACCCAAUAUUAUACUGUGGCUGGUGGACUAUUUUCAUCCUCAGUGCUGUACAGAUCUAUUUUCAUUGUAUAUUUGAUAUAUUUUUAAUUUUGUAGCGUGGCUGGGCCAGGCCCCAGCCUGCAAGCCUGCAGUGAGUGGGGGGUGGGGCGGGGCGGGGAGCUGAGCUGGGGCUGUUUGCUUAUGCAUUGUGGGUGCUGUCGCGUUUGUUGUAGCCUUUUGCUGUAGGUCAGAACCUGUCCUGGCUGCAUCUUUGCCGUGAGUUGGACAUAGGACCCAUAGUGUGUGCUCUCUCUCUGUGUGUGUAUGUGUGCACGUGUGUGUGUGUGUGUGUGUGUUACAUUGGUAGGUGUGGGUGCAUAAGGUGCUGAUCUGUGACCCCCCCCCCCGUGUUCACCACUUCCUGGAGGCCCCAGUCUUCCUCUCUGCUGUAUGGGGAGGCAUCAGGACAGGCACUUCUCAGAGCACUAGCUAUGGGAAAGGCAUGUGUUUCCUGCAGGUGACCAUUGUCGUUUACACCUUUGGUGGGAAGGAGGGCCUUGGGUGGGGGGAAAACCCCAUUUAUUUUCCAGUAAACUUUCUGCUGUUGACACUGGAGUCACAUGGUCUUCGGCAGACAGCUUUCUUAGGCUGCCGAGGCAGACGUCUCCCCUUCUGUCCUGCAUUUGUCCUUGAAACAGUCCAGAGUACCCAGAAAGCAACAGCUGCUUCUUAGACCUUUGCUGGCUCCUCGGGAGAGAUGAGGUGGAAUCACCUGACACAGAAAAUCUGGCCCCAACUUUCUGGGAGGAGCUGUCCGUGAGGGCCCGGUCUGCAAGCCUUUGUAAAGGGUCCCCACUGCCACAGGCCGGUGCUGCCCAUACAGUGCCCACCAGGAGACAAGAGGUUUCAGGAGCUGAGUCAACUGAGCAGGGGCGGGGCAGGUACACCGAAGGGUCUCCUGUUCUGCCUGUGUCCCAGUCUCUUGCUCAGGGAACCCUCAGCCCCCUUCACAGAGACAGCAUGAUGAAGCCUGAGGCCCAGUUUGGGGAUGGGGGGAAGGGCUGGAGGGAGAUAGGAGACACAGAAGGAAAUGCAGGUGAGGUUGGCUUCUGCCAUCAAGCAAUAAAUUUUCAGGGGCUGCUGCUUUCUAAGUGCUAGGAAAUGCCCCCAGAGGCAGCCUGGGUGAGCCCUGAGGCUGUGAGCCAGGCCCGGUGAGGGCCUGCAGUACUACAGGCUGCCCUUCUCUUCCUUACCAUACUCCUCCCCCAACCAGAGUAUCCCCCCCCCCCUUAAAAAGAGAAGUGAGAAGCUUGUGCUAUGGGCACUGCUGGGUUCCCCCCCUAGGUCUGAAAUGCGGGGAGCUGGGGGAGGAGAACCAGGGCUCAUUUCUCACGAGAAGUCCUAAACACACACUGGGCAGUCACUUCAGGUCCUGGCACAGGCUCACAACAGUUAGAGUCCCUGUGUCCUGGACUGGUCAGAUCCCCGAGUCAGGAUACUCAGUCCAUGAGAGGGGAUGAGGCAUUGUCACCCCAGGGCCCCCCUUCCUCUCCCCUACCCUGGUGUUCAAUAAAGUGUUCUUACCACCUUC